GCAGUUGCAGUGGUGCAGAAUGGCAGACCUCAGUCUUGCAGAUGCAUUAACAGAGCCACCUCCAGAAAUUGAGGAAGAGAUAAAACGGGACUUUAUUGCCACACUGGAGGCAGAGGCCUUUGAUGAUGUUGUGGGAGAAACUGUUGGAAAAACAGACUAUAUUCCUCUCCUGGAUGUUGAUGAGAAAACAGGGAAUUCGGAGUCAAAGAAGAAACCAUGCUCAGACACUAGCCAGGCUGAAGGUACUUCAUCUUCUCAAGCAACAGUGCUUGCCAACGGUGACCACGGAAUAGAAGGGAAUGAUGCCACUGGGUCUCCAACUGAAUUCCUUGAAGAGAAAAUGGCCUACCAGGGAUAUCAGAACAGCCAGAACUGGCCAGAAAAUACAAACUUUUGCUUUGAACCCGAGCAAGUGGUGAAUCCUAUCCGGACUGAUCCCUUUAAGAUGCACCAUGAUGACAGCCUGGAAGAUUUGCUCUUUCUCCCCAGUGGAACAACCAGUGCUUCAGCAUCUGCAGAACAAAAUGAUCCCCUGAAAGACAGUUAUGGUGUGUUUCCCUGUGACACAUUUGCUCCUGCAGCUCUUGUUCCUCAUGGGUGGUCUGUGAAAGCUCCAAACCCUCCACAUUCAGAAUCCUUCAUUUCCCCUGAGGCCAUUACACAGCCUCUGCAGCCUACAGCAGUUCCCUUAGAGCCUGCUGAGGAGGUAGAAAUGGCAUCAGCAGAAGAGAGAGCACCAACAAAAACAUUGGAAAUGAUGAUGGGACUGAAGGCUGCUAACAUGGCACCAUCUCGAGAAUCAGAGAUGGUCCUGGCCAAGGGUAUGGUGCCAGCCACAGAAACAGAGGUGGCAUUGGCUAAGGACACGGAACCACCUACCGAACCAGAUGUGGCACUGGCCAAGGACAUGGAAGCAUCCAUCGAACCAGAUAUGGCCUUAGUCAAGGACGUGGUACUACCCCUAGAAACAGAGGCAACCCCAGUUAAGGAUGAUGUAUUGCCCGCAGAAACAGAUGUGUCUUUGGCCAAGGGCAUGGUACUGCCCACAGAAACAGAGGUAACCCCAGCCAAGGACAUACUACUAUUCAAAGAAACAGAGAGGACACCACCUGUGAAAAUGGAUUUGGCCCCAGCUGAGGGCAUGGUACCACCUACAGACCGAGAGGUGGCCCCACCCAAGGGUGUAGCAUCACUUUCAGAAAUAGAGGCGCCACUGGAUGAGGACGUUGUGUCAUCCACAGAAAUAUCCUCAGCCAAGGUGGUAGCCCUGCCCUCAGAAACAGAGGUGGCCCUGACUGGGGAUAUGGUACUACCCCCAGAAACAGAGGUGGCCCUAGUCAAGGACAUGGCUGCACCUCCAGAAACAGAAGUCACCCCAAUCAAGGACAUGGCUUCACCCCCAGAAGUAGAGAUGGCCCUGAGCAAGGACGUGGCUCCACCUCAAGAAACAGAGGUGGCCCUGGGCAAGGACGUAGUUUCAUCUCCAGAAACAGAGAUGGCCCUGGGCAAGAAUGUGGAUCUACCCCCAGAAACGGAGGUGACCCUGGCCAACAGUGUGGCCCCAGCCAAGGAUGUUGCAGCAUCCUCAGAAGCAGAGAUGGCACCAGUUCCUGUUAAGGACAUGGAAACUGCACGGACACAGGAAGAAACAAGUGAGGAUUCCCAGUUAGAAUCUCUCCAGGAUGAAGGACAGUCAGCUGUACCUCCUCUCAUGAUUUCAGCAGAAGCAGUCACAGCCAUGGGCCAAAAGCACAACUUGCCAACAGAUGAGGAUUCUGUGUCAGAGGAACUAGAGCAAAAGAAACCGUUCAGUAGUCAACCUUCUGAACUUCCUUCAGAGACCUCAGCACAUUUUAUGUGGGUUGGUACCCCUCCCACACAAGCCAAAAAAGCGUGCAGACCCAGUGAUCGCAGGUCCGCCCGGCCCGCCCGGCCCAGGCUUGCCAGGGUCCCUCCUGAGCUGCUGGGAGGCUCUUCUCCACGGAAGACUCUUGAUCCUGGGCUGGGCCCCUGCCCUUUGUCUGAGUUGGGUUGGGUUUCUGGUUCGUCUUCCUGUGGUGAGCCUGGGAACCAGAGGAAAACUAUUCAUGGUGACUUCCUUGAACCCCAGAGGGAUCUUGGCAGGGAGUCCUGGGAUAUAGAAAGAACACCAAUGAUGAUGAAGAAAAAAAAGAAGAAACCAAAGCAAAAGAGAUACUCUCAGCCCCGGGCUGGGGGACCUUGGGAUGAUGACAAUGCAGAUGAACCUAAAGGUCAUCCCUUUGCCACUGACCCACAAAAGUCAGGUGUUCCCCCCAGCCAGCCUACCACUGUGGGCACAGAACAUGGACUGGUAUCCAGAGAAAACUUGAAAAAGGGGUGUGAAAUUGACUCCAGAGCAGCCAAACUGGUAGCUGAGAACUUUGUCUCAGAGGGUCUCAGCAUUCCUUUGUGUCCUUUGGAGGAACCCCGGAAAACUGCAGUAAAUUCUCAGCCCAAACUGAGAGUAGAGGCAGAGGUGAAAGGUAACAAGUCAGCACCACAGAGCCAAGACAAGAAAUUGCUGCAGCAAGAUGAGUGCAAACCACAGCCUGCACCCCACCUCAAGACUCCUGUGGAUAAAAGCCAGACAGUAGGCUCCCUCAAUCUGAAAGAACCCCUGACAGAAGUUUUUUCACACAAAGUAGAAAUUCCUUUGGAGAUCAGACCCAAAGAGGGUUGCUCUCCUGUCUUGGACCAAGAGGCUGUGGGUGGAGUUUCAAAACCCAAAGCAGCAAAAGAACUGCCUAAUUCCAUACCCACUUUGACAGCAGGUAAUCCAUUAGUAAGUAGUCUAAAAGAAGGGAAUGAUGAAAGUAAAAUGACUAAACUGCAGAAUGACAAACAGAAAGAGUUUUCUGAGGGAGCUGAAGAGGUUAAAGAACUAAAAAAGGAAAGUAUUCCCAAGGAAAGACAGGAGAACAGCAUCUUUGCUUCUGAGCAGCCGCAGGACACGGUGUUAGCUCAGGUGCCUGGACUAGGGAAUGAACCAUUUAAGAGAAUGGCAGGUGAUGGCAAAAUCAGGAAGGGAAAGGGAAGUUCUGGGAAGGUGAGAGCAAGUUCUGGGAAGGUGAGAGCAAGGUCUGAGCUGCUGUUGCUUGCGGACAGCCAGAAGGACAGCAGAGCUGUUCUUGUGCCAAGUGAGCCAGCGCCUAAAACGGAAAGAAUGGAUAAAAGCGAGGAGCUGGGGCUGGGUUCUUCAGAGCAACCAGGGACCGUGGCUGAGCUCACUGAGGCAGUGGUGAUGCGGGACCCUAAGGAGAUGACUGACCUGAGGGUGGCAGGCACCUUGCAGGCAUUGAUUCCUUUGGGAAAUGGGUCAGGCAUGAUUCAGACUUCCGGUGCUAGAACAGAAAGAGGAGCUGUAGCCAUAGACAUGCGUGUUGGCAACCAGAGCGAGGAGGAAAAAUGUCCUUGGAUGGAUCAUGAGGUAGCUCCCUGGAUUUCUGAAAAGCCUACAAAAAGAGGCAGUGAAGACAAAAACAAAAUGUUUAAAAAUAGUUAUUCCACACAGCCUGCUAGAAUGGAGAGGAAGGAAGAAAUCAUCAACCCACCUUUUCUAGGGAAGGGUGGGGAUAUUGGUAGUACUCCCCAUCAAAACAGAGAAUUAGAACUUACUUUCCCCGUAAAUCGUGACCCUUUGUUCUCACGUAUAUCGGAUACACCCACAAUGGAAGGAGUUGGCCAAAAGGGUAGAAAUGUUGAGGUUAAUUCUUCUAAGCUUGAGGCUCUUGGCAGGAACAAAACAAACGCAGGCAAGGAUUUUGCUGUUACUGAACCAGCUACCAAGGUGACAGAUGUGAGCUGCCAAGACCAAAUCCAGGGGGCAGGAUUUGUUCCUUCAGUACCGGCUGAGGAGAAUAAGACAGAUGUGGCCAAGGGACAUACUGCAGUUGCUGACAAACCAAAUAAAAGGAGUAAUGACGGAAAAAGCAAAAAGGUUAAAAAUAGUUUCCCUGAGAAGCACAUUCUGGAGAAUAAGAUAGAUGCAACAAAAAUACAUGUUCCCAUGGAAACCAUAGGGGACCACAGAAUUGAAGGAAUGGGCUAUGUGGAUGAAAAUAGAAAUAUUACGUUUACCUGCCCUAGAACACCACCAGGGUUGAUGAAUAAGACGGCCCCCCUAGAGGCUCAGGAAUCAGCAGCCUGUGAAAAACUGCCCCCUUCUACUUCUCAAGUAGUAAAGGAAAGUGAUUCAUUUCCAGACACCUUGGCAGAAAGCGGGCAAGGGACAGCUCCAGCCCAGAUUUCCAAAUUAUUAGAGGUAGAUAAUUGCAGCAAAGAUGGAGUCCCAGAUGAAGAAAGACCCAAGGCUUCCUGUGCUGUUACGCCCUCUACGAGCACAGGAGGAGUUGCCCCAACUCUGACAGCAGCCAUAGAAACAGUUAACAACCAUGGAGGUAGCUGUCUUCAGAAUAAAGGUGAGCUUGCUGGUCCCAUGAAAAACGAAGCAGGGAUAGACGAAGGGCAUGUGAUAGGAGAAUCUGAGUCAGUGCCCAGUGGUGCAUCAAAGCACUCAGUAGAGAAAACCACAGAGCCAGCAGGGGGGCACCUUCUUUCUGGCGUGCUCAUAGAAGACCAAAGCCUGGCAGGUGGGGUCAGAGUCCUAGAAGCAUGUGCAGAUAGCAGUAAUUUUCCAACAUGUCCAGUAAACAAACAGAAAGAGUCUGAGGAAGGUUCUGCUCCAGUUCCAAUUCUUGACCUAAUGGGAGACAAAGCACAAAAGCCCAGUUUCUGUGAGGACCAACGUGCUGAAAAUAGAGAUUCCCAGGGCCCAGAUAGUUUGAAUAAGGAGGUAGAUACGACUCUUUUGCCUCCAGAAAGUGAAAAGGAUAAAUUGGAAGAAAUCAGUCUGGAUUCUGAAAUCAGAGCAAUGGCAUGUGUUUCCUUGGCACCACCAGAACUCCAGUCAGGUGUCUUAGAUGGCAAACUUGAAGUGACUCCUUCAAGGGUGGUAGAUGAGUUAGUAGUGACGGCUUCCAAGGCUCUUCAGCUCCCAGAACCCAAAGACAAGAUCUUGGAGGCACCUGAGAAAAUGACAGAAAAAUCUGAACCAAAGGCACUGGGACAAGGGAAGAAGGAAGAUAAAAGCAGAGCGGCAGAACCCAUGAAAGGCUACAUGAGACCCACCAAGUCCCGAGGACUCACUCCACUUUUACCAAAAUCUACAGUCCAGGAACGAGAGCGAUCCAAGCAACUCAAGUCCAGUGUUUUCUUGAGCCCAUCAACAGUCUUCCAACAGCUGGGAAUAUCAGUUUAUGGAAUAGCCAAACUAGAAGAAGGACGGCUUACUGGGAGUGUGACCGGAAAUGACAUCACCGCCCCUCCAAACAAGGAGCUCCCACCAAGCCCAGAGAAGAAAACAAAGCCUUUGGCCACCACUCAACCUGCAAAGACUUCAACAUCGAAAGCCAAAACACAGCCCACUUCUCUCCCUAAGCAGCCAGCUCCCACCACCUUUGGUGGGUCGAAUAAAAAACCCAUGAGCCUUGCUUCAGGCUCAGCACCGGCUGCCCCACCCAAACGCCCAGCUGCUGCCACUGCCAGGCCUUCCACCUUACCUUCAAAAGACGGGAAGCCCAAGCCUGUUGCAGAGGCAAAGAUUCCUGAGAAGCGGGCCUCACCAUCCAAGCCAGCCUCGCCAUCCAAGCUGGGCUCUGCCCUGGCCGGUAGGCCUGGCUCCAAGAGCACCCAGACUGUUCCAAAAGCCACAGCAGCUGCCACUCUUGCCUCAGCUGGGCCAAGCAGUAGGAGCCCCUCUACACCCCUGCCCAAGAGGCCCACUGCGGUCAAGACUGAGGGGAAACCUGCAGACAUCAAGAAGAUGGCUACGAAGUCUGCACUAGCUGACGUGAGUCGCCCAAAGAGCACCUCCACCAGUUCCGUGAAGAAAAGCGCCGCCGUCCCUGGGGCGGCACCCCCAGCAGGGGUGACUCCCAGCCGCGUGAAGCCCACAGCCACGCCUCCCCGGCCCUCUGGGACUCCUUCCGUGGACAAGAAGCCCACGUCAGCCAAGCCCAGCUCCUCUGCCCCAAGGCUGGGCCGCGUGGCUACCAAUGCUUCUGCCCCUGAUCUGAAGAAUGUCCGUUCCAAGGUUGGCUCCACGGAAAACAUCAAGCAUCAGCCUGGAGGAGGCCGGGCCAAAGUAGAGAAAAAAACAGAGGCAGCUGCUCCAGCUCGAAAGCCUGAACCUAACGCAGUCACUAAAGCAGCCGGCCCAAUUGGCAGUGCACAGAAACCGCCUGCUGGGAAAGUCCAGAUAGUCUCCAAAAAAGUGAGCUACAGCCAUAUUCAGUCCAAGUGUGGUUCCAAGGACAAUAUUAAGCAUGUCCCUGGAGGUGGUAAUGUUCAGAUUCAGAACAAGAAGGUGGACAUCUCUAAGGUCUCCUCCAAGUGUGGGUCCAAGGCUAACAUUAAGCACAAGCCUGGUGGAGGAGAUGUCAAGAUCGAAAGUCAGAAGCUGAACUUCAAGGAGAAGGCCCAGGCGAAGGUGGGAUCCCUUGAUAACGUGGGCCACCUGCCCGCAGGAGGCGCCGUUAAGACUGAGGGCGGUGGCAGCGAGGCCCCUCCGUGUCCGGGCCCCCCCGCUGGGGAGGAGCCGGCCGUCCCUGAGGCAGCGCCCGAAGCUGGCGCCCCCACUUCAGCCAGUGGCCUCAGUGGCCACACCACCCUGGCAGGGGGUGGUGACCAAAGGGAGGCCCAGACCUUGGACAGCCAGAUCCAGGAGACAAGCAUCUAAUGAUGACAUUCUGGUCUCGUCUUCCGUCCCCCGUGUCCCCCCCUCUUGUCUCCCCCGUCACCCUCUCCCUUCCCUCCUCCCGUGUCACUGCAGAUUGAGACCUACAGGCUGACGUUCCGGGCAAACGCCAGGGCCCGCACCGACCACGGGGCCGACAUUGUCUCCCGCCCCCCUCCACUUCCCUGGCGGCCCCAGCUCAGGCACCUGGGCCCCUAGCUCCCUCUCCCGGGCUGCCAUCUAGGCCCCUCCCUCCCUCCCUCCCUCCCUCCUGCCUCACUUGCCCAGGGUGGCAGCAGCCCCGCCCCCGUGCUCCCUCCACUCCCGGCCCCAGACCCAGCUCCCUGCUUGGCUCCCGUCCUCACCAUUGCGCCGCUGCUCCACGGAGAAGGUUGGGUGGAAAGUGGGGUGGGGGAGGCUAGUUCGGGACCUCCUGGGAUCUGGGUGGGGGGAGCCGGAGUCCAACCUCCUCUUUGUUCGUUUGGGUUUUUUGGACCAAACCCAAGAGAAACUGACAUACCCUCCCUCCUCACUGGUCCAUCUGGAGGGAAGAGUGGAAGUGGAUGUCCACGUGACGGCUGGGUGCUGACUGCGUACCCUGGAGCCUGCUAAGCCACUGCCUCUUCCUUUGACCCUACAGUGGUGCCCACCUCGCAGGUGGCGCCAGGCACCUCUUGCUGCCCUCCCCCAAGUUAGUCAGGGGCAAUGCUGCCUGUCCCCGCUGCUUCCCAUACCUACCUAGCUGCUGUCACACUUUAUCUUUUUUUUUUUUUUUUUUUUUAAUAACCUGAAAACCGGUGGAGUAGUUUUGCAGGUUGAAGCCAUGUCUGAAUGAAAGUCGUUGGUAGGUGUUAAAGGAAACAGGGAGGGGAGAUCCUGAAGCCUCCAGCUGGGAGGUGAGGCAUUGGAGGCUGCCCUGUCUUGGGCAGCUCGGGGCCCCGGCCCCGGAGGUGGUGUGGGCAGGGCAGGCGCAGUGGGGGGCUGUGGGCUAGAGGGCAGGCAGGGACCGCUAGGGGCUGGUCAGAGUGUGGACUGGUGGUUCUGGCAUUUUGUGUGUAUGCUGCUUUUCUUUUCUAACCAAGAGGCUGGUUUUGGCAUCUAUGUCUGUCUCAUUCCCUGGGAUCUGGUGGGAGACAAGGUUGGGCUGGAAAGGGCCAUGGAGGUCAAAUUCCUCCAAGCCUGCAACCUAGGACACUCGAGCCCUCAGUUGCCAGGGAGCCCGAUGUGUUCAGAACUCAUGUGGAUAGUGGGGAAUCAAGUCUGGAAAUUUAAAAAAAAUAAGUACAUGAGAUGGCCCAUCCAGGCUCCCUUACGGCCUGACUGGAGAGGGGAGAGAGGAGAGGCGAGGCCAGCCUAAGGGGUGUGUCCUGGUUAGGCCUGGUCUUGGGAUGGCUGCAAUGAUAAGUCCCAGGAAUUGUAUUGACACGAAGAUUCUUACUGCACUUGUAUUUUUUGUAUUAAAGUUUGCAUGGUUUCUAAUAAAGGAUUAAAACGUAACAGUUUGUAGUGAAAUGGCCUGGGAGUCUCCAAGGCUUCUCCUCUGGAAGAGCAUUUUCUGCAGUGCAGACUUGGCCCCUCACACUCCCCACCUUCUCCUCUGGCACCCCUUGGCGCUGAGAAGGUGGGAGCUGCUGACCUAGCAUCAGAUUCGAAGUCCAUGUAGAGGGAGGGUGUCUGGGCUGGGCAGGUGCUCUCGCUUUCUGAGGUAGCAUUUUCUCCAGGGAGGUUCGACACCAUCUCCCCAGCUCCCCAAGCACAUACCAAGAAAUUGCAGGGGUCUUGUGGAAAAAGCGCUCCCAGGGCCAGAGACUGUCCACACAGUGCUUCAACGGCGCCAGGGACAUCAGGGCAUCCGUGUUUUGUCUGCAAGAAAGGGUGAGAUGAAACUGGGAGAACGCAGUGGGAGGUGGGGUGCCAGAUGCAGUGGGGUGACAGUGCUGGGCCUAAAGGUACCUGCACCUGUGUUGAUGCUGGGGUGGACAAGCUCUCGGUCCUUUUACUCCGUUGGCCAAAGGUAGGGGUGGGAGAGGUGACCCCGGCGGAGAGCACUCUAGGGGGCGCUGGAGUGAUCAGUGUUCUGAAAGGUGGUUUGGUCACAGCUCCCUUGAAGGGUCCCACAGGCCAGAGAUGCUGAGAAGGCCGCCCUGACAGGUGGGACCAGAGGCCGUGUGUGCUGUGUUCUGUUCUGCAGCCGUUGGGGCUGGAACGUUUCUGUACUUCCCCAUUUGCUUAUGGCUCAGCCGUUAACCAUGUCGAUCUGUGAUUGUUGUUGCGAUUUCCAGAACAAAUAAAGCUCGUAUGUCCCACCA